CUAUGUCAAACGUACUGCUUCUGCUCAACCACACAUUUGUUGCUUCACCUGAUGCUGAAGCGAUUGUGGCUCAGAGUAAGCAGACCCUCAUUCAACAGCAUCCAACCUCAACAAUAGAUCAGUACUUGUUAUCCAAUAUUGUACUUGAGAAGGUUGUUUUACCUCAGAACCAUUAUGACUACAUCUACUACUUGGAUUCAACCGGAUUCAACUCAACGAUCCCUAACCACCCAGCUAUAAAACAGUCGCUCCGGGUCACGACGACGGUGUCAUUGAACGGAAGCAAUAAGCCCUCAGGCUUGAAAACGGGCUCAAAGCUAUCAAAGCUUAAGAAGUUCAAGAAGUUGAACAAAGCUGAAAAUACAAAUGCAUCAUCAGAAUUACUAUCUGCCCCAUCACCUACACCGUCACUACCCGAGCUUGUGAAGACGCCUUCACCUCUAGAAGCAGAAAAGAAGUUGAGAUACCUCAGCGAAGACUCUGACGAUGAACUCAUCGACGAGGACUCGCUCGUUUCAAGCACACUGAACUCUGGCUCGAUUAUUUGUCUACGGGAACCUAGUUCUGGAGGACAGAAGAGAAGAAAAGCUUGUAAAGAUUGUACCUGUGGAUUGGCUGAAAAAGAGGCAUUUGGCUUUGAUAACGAUGUUAAGGAAGCACCAAAGAAGGUGCAGUUCUCCAGGGAGGAACUUUCAGAAAUCGACUUCACCGUAGAGGGCAAAACAGGAGGCUGUGGAUCAUGUUCAUUAGGUGAUGCAUUUAGAUGUUCUGGUUGUCCAUUCUUAGGGCUACCUGCGUUCAAGCCUGGCCAAACGAUUACCCUGGAUGGCGUCGACGAUGACCUCUAACUGCAUACAACAAACUAGGGAC